AUGCUUGAUGAAGCCGCGUCAUCAUUUGAAGAGUCGCCAGCCAAGCUUCUGAAGAGAGACAGCGCAGUUGUUGCGAAGCAUGUUGUCGGGCAUGUAGGAGUAGUUGUAACAGGAACCGAAUGUUGGAUAGCCAUAUUGGAUGUAGUUGGGUAG